AUGCACGUCUCCAUCACCAUAUCUUUGGCCCUGGCCCUAGGCGUCGUCAACGCUUCCACUGUCGUGGAGCGAAUGCAUACAAAAAUGCCGAUUCGCCCACAUCCGUCUGGUUUCCGUACGGUUACACUCAACAAGACGUCCACGGUGGCCAGCCUCGCCACAGGCACCGCUGCUCUCAACACGACUACCUGGCGGCAGAUUCACACUGGGUACUUGAGGCCGACGCCGCCCACCCCCACGGGGUCGCCGGGUGACGAGGAGCAGAACCCGGAUGACCUUGACACUACUUGGGCCACAACCGCCGACAUGGCAUCCCCCACCGUCACAUUCACCAAGACGACGGACGGCGUCCAGCAAACACCCAUGCCCACUGAUUGGGCCCCGCUUCCUACUCCCUCGUCGCUCAGCCAAGACGACGACCAGGACGACAAUGACUCUGACCCCAAGAUCGGUCCUUGGAAGAUUCCAGGGAACGGCUUUAACCUGCCCCUCUACGGCCCGGAGAAUAACGAUACAGGCACCAGGACACCCUUUAGCAUCGCCCCCGGCCCGGUCAUCCCGGACGAGGAUGAUUUUGACGAACUAGACACCUCAAACGAGGAAGAUAUCGACGAAUCAGAAACCCCGGAAGGGUUCAACCGGGAACUUUUGAAAGAGUUGUUUCCCGAGGGGCUUGACCAGGAGGAGGCGGACAGAAUCAGGGAUCUUUUGAAGAAUGAUUCCGAGGAGUCCAAGACCGUAGAGGAAGACGGGCGCAAGGCACAAGAUGCCUUGCUGACCCUAGCCAAUGACUUCCGGCGCUUACGUCAACUUGCUGACGCUAACUAG